UCAGAUCCAGGAAAUCUAGUUAAACAAAAUGAAGAACUUUUAGACUUGAAGAAAGAAGCAGCUUUUAAUCUUCAUCUUAUAUACUUGCAAUCUGAGAAUCUUAAUCUUGCCAGAAUGUAUCUUGAAGAUUAUAUUACUAUUUAAAAGUUUAUUCAAAGAUGAGUGUAUCAUUAUCUUCAAGAAUUACAUUUAAAAAAUUAUGCGAUGUCUUAGAAAAAGUUAUUAAAGCCCGUGCCUCUGGAAAGCUUGAAAUUCUACAAGAAUUUAUUAUGCAAUGUCAGAGAGAAGGUGUUAAAUUAAAAGAAGACAAUCCAGAUGCAGAUAUUUCAAUAUUUCCUGUGUUAAGACUGCUUUUACCACAAUGCGAUCGUGAACGUUCGUCAUAUAAUUUGAAGCAGAAAUUACUAGCAAAUAUUUAUAUUCGUGUACUUUGCCUUGGAAAAUCAAGUAAAGAUGCCCAGAAACUGAUAAAUUAUAGAAUACCUAAUUUAAGUAAAUCUGAAGGAAGUGACAUUUCUGAAAUAGUUUACUCAAUUGUGCGAAAACAAUUGUCACAUCGGAAGGAAUCAUUUACAAUAGAUAGAAUAAAUAUAUUCUUAGAUGAUAUAUCACAAGCAAGUAAAAUGAAUACUAAUAAAGAUGAAUUAUUUAAAGCACUAUUUAGACAAAUAAGUGCAUUAGAAUUAAAAUGGUUAACUCGUAUUAUUUUAAAGGAUCUAAAGUUAGGUGUUGGAACAAAAAGAUUGUUGCAAGUUUAUCAUCCAGAAGCAUAUGAAUGUUUUGAUACAACUUCUGACUUACGAGAAAUUUGUGAUAAUCUUGGUCAAGGUAAAAAGAAAGUUAAUCAUAAUAUUCAAGUUUUCUCUUUUUUUAAACCUAUGCUUUUGGAAAGAUGUGCUAUUGAGAAUGCUUCAAAACUUUUUUAUAAUAAUGAUGAGUAUUUUGUACAAAUGAAAUUUGAUGGUGAACGUUCCCAAAUACAUAUGAAGGAUGGUAUAUUCCAAUAUUGUACAAGACAGAGAUUUGAUAUUACAAAUAAUUGGGGAUAUGGAAAAAGUAAUUCAGAUGGUUUUCUUACUAGUACAUUUUCGCGUCGUUUAAAUCGACAAUGUAAGUCUAUAAUUCUGGAUGGUGAAUUAAUGGGUUGGCAUAAACAAAAAAAAGUGUUUGGGUCAAAAGGUAUGAACUAUGAUGUUAAAAAGCUUACUGCUAAUAGUUCCUAUCAACCCUGUUUUGUGGCAUAUGACAUUAUUCUAUAUAAUGACAAAUUGCUCGUGAAUUUACCCUAUAGAGAGAGAUUAACUAUAUUAAAUGAUGCAUUUCAAGAUGAAGAAGGUUCAUUAAUUAAAUGUCAAAGUACAAUCAUUUCUAACAGUAAAGAUUUAUUGGAUAUUUUUAAUAAAAGUCUUAAUAAUAACGAAGAAGGAAUAGUUUUAAAAAAAUCUGAUUUUAUUUAUAAACCAAAUGUUCGCGAAGGAACUGGUUGCUACAAAUUAAAAGCUGAGUAUUCAGGGAAUCUAGUACAAGAUAUAGAUUUGAUUAUUCUUGGAGGCUAUUAUGGCGAAGGAAAGUUCAGUGGUUUGAUAAAAAGCUUUAUGAUGGGUGUUGCCAAAAUGCCUGAAAACGAAGAAAAAGAACUUACACAAUUUUUCUCAGUUGUGUCCGUGAGUAAUGGUAUUGCAAUGGAAAAACUGAAGGAACUUGAUUCAAAAUUGGAGAGGUAUUGGAUUAAAGAUUGUCCUAAUUGUGUAAUUGGACCUAAGGGGCAGCCUCCAGAUUUAUGGAUUCGACCUGAGCAUUCAUUGAUUUUAACGCUUCGAGCAACGGAAAUAGUAAAAACUAAUGAUUAUCCGAUUGGUUAUACUUUACGUUUUCCUCGUGUUAUACAGAUUAGAGAAGAUAAGCCUUGGGAUAGUGCUUGUACUGUCACAGAAUUUUUAUCAUUGAUAAAGAAUGAAGAAAUAAUUCAUAAAUUGACUAAAAGACAGGCGACAUUGAAUGAUGUUGAAACACCAACUAUUAAAAUAAAAAAGAGAAUAUCAAAGUUGACUUCGUCAAAGUUUGAAGAAGGGUUUUAUAAUACAAAACAAUCAAAUACAAAUCUUGUACCGAUCACGCGUCUAUUAUAUGGAAAAGAAAUUUGUGUUAUUAAUGGUAAUAACGAAAUAUCCAAAGAAGAAAUAGAAGAUACGCUCUUAUUACAUAAUGCAAAAGUCGUACAGAAUCCGAGUAAAGAAACUUAUUGUGUGAUUGUUGGAAAUGAUAAAAAAGCAAAAGCAAGAAACAUAAUACAAAGUAAGAAAUAUGAUAUAGUUACGAUAGAUUGGUAUAAACGUAUUAUCAAAGAAGAAAACUGGGGUGCAUUAGAAAGUUUUUUCCCAUGGGAUCUUCUGUGCGUUCGUGAUUCAACCAAACGAUCGCUUAUUGAAAAAUAUGAUGAUUAUUAUGAUAGUUAUACAACAGAUGCCAAUGAAGAAAGUUUACAACGAUCUUUAAAACAGAUGGAAUAUACGAUAAAAGACGGAGAAGUUGCAUUUACCGAAGAGCAAGAAAUGGAUAAAGAAUUAUUUGAAAAUGGAAUAUCUCCAUUUUCUAUCUUCAAACAAAUUAUUGGAUAUUUUAAGAAAUGUUCGGAUCCUACGAAAUUUAAAUUUCGCUUUAUGGGAGGUAUAAUAAAAGAAGAUAUAGAUGAAUAUGUUAAUUAUAUCUUCAUUGAAGAUAAUUCAUUGAUGUCUACGAUAUCUUCGGAAGUUGAUGAAACUAUAAACAGAUCUAUGAAAGUAAUCAAUAGUAAAUGGAUAAAAGAUUGUUUCCGAGAUCAAAAGUUUUAUUCGAUCGAUGAAUAUAUUAUUGGCUAAAAAAUUUAUACAGACAAAUGAAAAGCCACAGUGAACUGAUAAAAAACAAAAAGAAAUGAAUUUUUAUCAAAUAUGUAUCUGAAAACGGAAAUAGCACGUAUGUGUAUUUGAAACACCAAAGUUAGAGGAGACUACGGAAUCAUUUUAGCUCGUAUUUUCACUAAGCGCCGAGAAACCGAAUACUAGGUGGACUGACAGUUAGACAGUUUGCUCAUUUAACAUCUUCCCAUUUCGAAAUGCUUCUUGAGUUGAGUUCGUUCUCGCUCUCUCCUUUUAUUUUAUUAGAAUGCGUGCAAAAUAUGAGGCGAAAGGGCCGCAGCUGCAACGUUUCUCUUACAAAGGAUGCCUUUCAGAAAGAUUCUUAAACGGAUUAAAACGAAAGAAAUUUCAAUGAAAAAAUUUUAACGAAUGUACACAAUCACGAUUUGACGUUACAAUGUGUUGUUAUUGUAUAAUUCUAUGAAAUGUAAAUUUCAAUGUUUUUAUUUCAUACGCAUAAGAUUUAUAUUAUAUUAUUUUAAAUAUAUUUAAUAUUUAUAUAUAAGAAAAAAAAAAGAGAAGAUUCUAUAAUAU